CGGCCGAAACUGCCACACAAUGAGCGGCGGGGCAGGUCCGAAACAAACUCGCCGGUAAACGGACGGAGCGCCGCCGGGGACCCGAGCACCAUGGAGGACCAGUGCACGGUGCAGGUGAAGUUGGAGCUGGGCCACCGCGCUCAGCUGCGGAAGAAGGCCACGUCUGAGGGCUUCACUCACGACUGGAUGGUGUUCGUGCGCGGGCCGGAGAACAGCGACAUCCAGCACUUCGUGGAUAAAGUCAUCUUCCGCCUGCACGACAGCUUCCCCAAGCCCAAGAGAGUGUGUAAGGAGCCACCGUAUAAGGUUGAGGAGUCGGGCUAUGCGGGAUUUCUAAUGCCCAUCGAGGUCUACUUUAAAAACAAGGAGGAGCCAAAGAAGGUUCUCUUCAACUACGACCUUUUCCUGAACCUGGAGGGAAACCCACCUGUCAAUCACCUGCGCUGCGAGAAACUCACCUUCAACAACCCGACCCGAGACUUCCGCCGCAAACUGGUCAAAGCUGGCGGGAUCAUUGUGGUGCCGGAGGGGGCGGAGGUCGUGUCCAGGCCGAGCCCAGAUUACCCCAUGCUUCCAACCAUCCCCCUGUCCGCUUUUUCUGACCCUAAGAAGAGUAAAGGCUCUCAGGCCCCAAAGGAGCUCACUAAAGAUAACAGUGGAAGCACUAAAGCUCCGAAACCUCACAAACUCGCCAAGGAGCAUCGGGAGCGGCCCCGAAAGGACUCCGAGAGCAAAGCCUCAUCCAAAGGAGACGGUGAGAGAGACGGCGGCGGCGGCGGCGGCGGCAGCAGCAAGAGCAGCCGAGAGUCUUCGUCGUUUGCCUCAUCGUCCUCAUCCUCGUCGAAGAAGCCGGAGAUCAAAGUGAAAGAGGAGAGCAAAGCUCCACCCAAAGCUGCUUUCAAAGAGCCGAAGCUAACACUGAAGGAGUCCAAAAUGGAAGGUAUGUCUCCUAAAGGAGGCGGGCCAGGAGCCGGAGGAGGGGGUGGGGCUUCUUCAGACAGCAAAUCAGCUAGCAAGCGGCCCUCCAAUGCAGACUCGCCCAAACCAAGCGUCAAAAAGCCCAAAAAAGGUGGAACAGAAGGCCAAAAGGGUUCCAGCGGUGGGGGUUUCCCCAGCACCUCCCCGCGCGUCUCCUCCUCCACUGCACCAUCGGGGUACGGAGAGAAAAAGAGCUCCAAGGACAAGGGACGCUGGGUAAAGGGCAAGCCGGACGCCCAGGAGGUCAAAGAGCCUAAGAAACCACCGGAAUCUGACGAGUCCAAUUCAGAUGAUGAGGUUUCGUCGAAGUCUGAGCAGUCCGCCCCCUCGAGUCCCUCAAACUCCAGCUCCAGUUCAGAGUCCAGUUCAGACUCUGAUUUUGAACCACAGCAGAAACAAGGUCAAGGGCCGCUGCGCUCUAUGGUGGAGGACCUGCAGUCUGAGGAGUCUGAUGAAGAUGACAGCAGCUCAGACGAGGAGACCCCAGUCAAAAACAACCCACCCAAUCGUGACUCCAGACUGAGUUUAGACAGUGAGAGUGACAGCAGCGACGGCCCACACCGGCCCGGCCGAGACCCCCCACCCCCGCCCCAGAAACACGCCUCCUCCAAUAACAAGGUGCCGGGCAGGAAAAGCCCAGACCCUUGCCUGAGGCAGGAGAAAGCCCUGAAGAAGGUUUACGACAAGGUAGGAAGGGCCUACACGGAGGAGUUAGUUGACCUCCAUCGCAGACUAAUGGCACUGAGAGAGCGCAGCGUCCUACAGCAGAUUGUCAAUCUCAUCGAGGAAACUGGCCACUUCAACGUCACCAACACCACCUUUGACUUCGACCUGUUCUCACUGGACGAGUCCACUGUCCGUAAACUGCAGAGCUACCUUGAAGCCACCGCCACGUGACAGGAAGCGGGCAUUCUGAGGGGCGGGGCUUGCCCUCGUUUGGUCUUGUGGGCUAGCUCAAAGAUGCAGCUGGAGAGAGGAACAACAAAUAAAUGAGGACGCAAAGGCGAGAGUGAAAGAAAGAAGGAACAGAGUUGCACGAAAGUGUCAAGACUGAACAAGGAGAGGCUCAGAUAGAGAGAGAGAGAAAUAGAGAGGAGAGUAAAUUGAAAUGCUCUGUAAAAGCCUGAAAGCAGCUAAGCCACUUUUCCGUUUGAAGCGCGCUGUAGUCUGGGCGUGGGGGUGUGUGGGAUUAGAGGUCCUGGUUUGUCCUACAUGUUUCUUCUGUAAAGCUGAAGCAUGGAAUGGAGGGAUAGGCCCCCCGCCUUUUGAAGUUUGCCUUUGCAAACCCAGUGUGCCCCAACCCCACCAGCUCAAAACUCAAGCUUGCUGCCAAGGCACCCUUAACCACAGCAUGCUUCUCUGCUAAACGUUCACAUUGUCGCAUUAGUCUGUAAGCGUGUCUGCGGUCGACUCUGAGAACGGCUGGCGUGCAGGUGCGUAUCUGUAGAUCUCUCCUGUCCUUUUUGAGCUGCACCUCUUCUUCCUCUUCCUCUGACAUUGGAGCGUCUGAAUUCGCCUUUAAAACGUCUCUAAAGUAGCCAUACUCACACCGAGGGGGGGGGAGCCACCUUUUUUGAUAUUUUAUUUUUGUACAGAUGUUUCUGAAGUAUUUUUGAUGGAGGGAAGCGUGUGAGGUAUGAAUGUAUUUGCCGUUUGUUGUCUAGGGCUAGCGCUUAGUGCCUUUACCAACCAGCCAACUGCCUGCGUUUGGGAGGAGUAUUUAAAGUGUUGUGUUGCCCUCAGCGAUGCUAGCAAAGCACAAACAAACAACAAAAAAAAAAUCCCCUCAUUUCUCCAUGUGUAACGCCUAGAAAAACUAGUGUUUCCUUCUCUUUGAUCUGAAUCCAUGAGUCUCCCACUUUCGCCAGUAUGUAUUAAUUGCUGUGUUGCCAAGUAGGCCUUUUAGAAACCCAUAAGUAUUGUACAUAGAUAGUGCAAUGUGUGGAAAGUGUUGGAAAUAAUAUUUUUAAGUCUUUGUGUUAUGAUGUCUGGAUGAUGCAUAUAUAAAGAGGUAAAGAAACGGAGAGAGAGAGCGAGAAAAACAGUCUCUUGGCUCUAAAAGCAUCCCAGGUUCCCCUUUCAAGAGCAGUGGGGGAUUUUGACUGUUGAUAUGUUCAGAGAACUGUUUCCCCCUCACCCACAGAGCAGGAUUUCUCAGUUAGCCAGUUAAUUUAAGCCGAAAGUCAAAUGUAUCCUUAAGCAGAAGAAUUCAAAGACAUUUCCAUUGGACGUUCUUUUAGGGCUUUGGGCUUAAAUUACUAAGAAAUGGGAAUUAAUAAUAUUGGACAAAGUCACGUUGCAAUAUUUUGGGUGUUCACAGUAGAUUUUUCCCAGAUUGUUCCAGAUAAGCUAUUUCCAAAUGAAGCUAAUGAUUAGAAGUUGUGAAUGUAGGGAAGAAAUUAAGGCAGUAGGUCAAUAUUGGAGCUGAUAAGAGCUGCACAAUACGAACAAAAUGCCAUCUACUGCAGUUAUAUUGCUAUGUUGUGAUUGCAGUACGGCUUCCAGUAUAUUGAAAUACAGUCGUAUGCAAACGUUUAGGCACAUCUGGUCAAAUUACAUGUUUUUGUUGAGUUUCUAAGUGGAAAAUAAGUUAACUCAUCCUCUACAGAGAAGAUAUUUCAUCACAUUUUAAUGCACUAUUACUUUUUAUUUGCUGAAUUUAACAUAUCGAGGAUAAAAAUAAAAAAUUGUCACUUGCAUUUUAUGUAUUCAUUUUUCGCAAUAUUUUCAAAUAAACAUAAAUUGUGCACUAAAUUUGCAGAAAGAAGCCAUAUUUAGGUCUGUUCUCUGUAGAGAAGGUGUUAACUCAUUUGCACAGGAUGUCAUUUGACCUAGAUUAUUCAAACUUUUGCAUAGCAUUGAUGCAAAGUAGCUUAGGUCAGCUUUGUGACCAAUAUUGUUUUUUUGUUUGUUUUUAAAUAAUUUCAGCACCCAAAGAACAUCUGUGAUUGGUCAGGAUGCUCACAGCACAUUCAUUGGCUGGUUAGAGGCUCACUUGCAUGUUGCAGUGUCAGUAUUGCGAAGGCCAGCGUUGCAGUAGUGAUUGAGAAACGAUAGGUUGUGCAGCCCUGCUGAGAAAUCCUGCUUUGUUGAAAUAUACCCCAAAUUCGUUCGCUGUGCUUUUGGCUCUCUCGCAUUGUCUCUUUCCCAGGCCGAUCACCUCCCACCUCCACCAGUCUGCGUUAUUCUCAGCGGCUGGUGAUUUGGCAUUCUGAUGCUAAUAGCUUUAAUAGGCCUGGUGGCCUAACCUACAGACCUGGGUGGGUUUUCACAAAGCAGGAUUGUCUCAUUUAGCCUAAUAAUACAAGCCAAAAGUCAAGUUUGUCUGACAGAAGAAAAAGUAAGGGAUGUUCCUAUUUGGCAGUCCUCACUCUGGGCUUAAAUUAUAUGGCUAUCUGAGAAAUUCCUGCGUUGUGAAAUACCCUCCGAUGCCCUUCUCUUAACCCUGUGAGAGUCCAGUGUCUGUAUGUGCGGUUAGGCUGUAUUUUUUGCCGUUCGGGGCGAAAAGAACCUGCCGGUAGUAGUUUUAUUGUUGUGUGUCGUAUGUAUGCAAGCCUGUUUGAGAGUCAGUCAGUGAGCGAGAACUCUCCUGUCCUCUCUGUUGACCCCCAGGUCCGAGUUCAUGAACUCAAACUUUUGACCGGACCCUUGAGGUUAUAGUGUUGGGUCAAGGAGGCGAAGGGGGUGGGGUUUAAGUGGAGAUGAUUGACAGGUCUAAGAGAAGCCCCAGUCGACCCACCGCCGGUCAGCGUUUUCAUAAUAUAUUUUUUUUUGUUGCUAUAAUUUUAAUUGUUUAUUUCUAUACCUCUGCACUUUUGGCUGUGGUGACAAGUACUUAACUGUAUUUUUAAGAAUUUUAUACAAUAUUUACAUGCAAUAUGGUAUGAAUUUUUUUUUUUAAUUAUUAUUUUGCGUUGGCAUGUUUGUGAUCACAGACUGAAAACAUGACCAGUAGAAUCUGAGACUGUUAUAUUUUAGGCCUCCUGUUUCUGAAGUUUUCCAGUGCGUCAGUCAGAGUUGGCGAGUUAUGUUUGUCGUAGCCUGCACUUCUUCAUCCACUACAAGUAUCAAACAGGAGGAAAACAAAAAAAAAAGCUCGGUUUUUCAUAGAGAACAAAUAUUUCUUUCCGUUAUACUGUGCAUUGCUGAUGGAUUUGUACUGUGUGACAUACGAUUAGGAGCACUAAACACUAAAUCUCACUCAGCUGUUUUUGGAUCACUUUCACUUUGGACUUCUGUUCCUCAGUCCGUCACUCCGAGAGAUGGAAGUUAAAGGGGGGGGGCGCUGAGGGAACGUUUUGGGAGAGCGAAGACACAUUUCAACUUAGCUAUACUAUAUCUAUCCUUAUAUACACGAGAGACGGUGGCUUGUCUGCUGUGUUGAUUUGAUUGGAGCGGAAGGUGAAAGCAGCAGCAGAUGGUUUUGGACGGUUGACUUAUGUUUUUCCCUCUCUGGACACUCUCGGUCCAGCGUGAGAGCGUGUUCAGUCGGGGGGGGAGAGAGAUAGACAUUUCUUGUCAUUCAGUGGUUGUACUUCGUGUCUGUGAGUGGGAUGGGUGGGGCUUUGGGGUGGGAGGGUGCAGGUGUCGGGUUUAAAUGUGUUCUGAUAAUGUGGUAGAAAGACCACCAUGAUUAGAACAGAAGACCAGCUCCAGUUGGACUCGUCGAACUUGGGAAUACAGUGCCACCAUGUGGUCAUUUAAUGCAAGUUGAAAUGAGGAUGAAAGAUGUUACUUUUUAUGUUUUUAUUUCAGAAAAAUCAUAUAAUUAAUAAACUCAUUGAGUACUGUCUA